GAUCAUGUCAACAUUCCCACAUAUUUUUCUACUCUUUCCACUUUUCCCUGCUUGUAAACUUUGCACAUUUUAAAAUUCCUGCAAAAUGAAUGUUAAUAAAUUUGAAUUAUGCUGGAAAAUGUCUCGGAGUUGUGCUUUCACGUCGCCUCUUUGCUCAGUAACCAUUGGCUCCUGCAGCGCUCCACCCCUGACAGAUAACUUGUGUGUUUUCGAGCAGGUGGUAAGUUGUCAAGCUUCACUUUAACUCCAGCUAAACCUAAUAAUCAGUGAGUCUCUAACGUGCGGUCGCUUAAAGACAUGGAGCUCUCAACAGAUUCAGAGAGGCAGCAGCUGAUUGAGACUCACUUGGAGCAUCUAAUAUGGACGAGUCCCCCAGAAGAAAAAUAUUCAGACUCGGAGUUCAGUGAGGAAAGCUCCAGUGUGGACGGCUUGUGGGAGUCUGGCUGGUUUUGUGAGGAGACGACUGCGACGUCUGAAAGUCAGACGAGACAUUCGGCCAGAAAGAAACUCUACGUCGCCUGCGCUGUCAGCCUCGUGUUCAUGACCGGAGAGCUGAUUGGUGGAUACGCUGCUCACAGUCUGGCCAUCAUGACGGACGCAGCUCAUCUUCUGACCGACUUCGGCAGCAUCGUGGUCAGCAUCUUCUCUCUGUGGGUCUCAUCCAGGCCUCAGACACAAAAUAUGACCUUUGGGUGGCAUCGGGCAGAGAUUCUGGGCAUGCUGCUGUCCAUCGUGUCCAUCUGGGCUGUGACGGUGGUCCUGGUCUUAUCGGCCGUCCAGAGGAUCACUGAUGGAGACUACGAGAUCAACAGUCAGAUCAUGCUCGUAACUUCAGGCUGUGCUGUCGGGGUCAACGUCCUGAUGGUCCUGAUCCUGCAUCAGUCCGGCGCCCCACACGGCCACAGCCACGGGCUUCCCACCGGCCAGACGCACAAAGACAAACAGCAUCACGGUCACAGUCAUAGUCAUGGGAACGCGAGCGUGAAGGCGGCUUUCAUCCACGUGGUGGGAGAUCUGCUGCAGAGCGUCGGCGUCCUGCUGGCUGCCACCAUCAUCCACUUCUGGCCUGAAUAUAAAGUUGCGGAUCCGAUUUGCACGUUCCUGUUCUCGGUUCUGGUUGUUGCGACAACAUUUCCGGUCACGAAGGAUGUUUUCAGGAUCCUGAUGGAAGGAACUCCUCAGGAUCUGAGCUUCAGCGCUGUCAAAGAUCUGCUGCUGUCUGUGAGAGGAGUCGCUGCCGUUCACGGUUUGCACAUGUGGAGCGUCAACAUGAGUCAGUCUCUGCUUUCAGUCCACGUGGCUGCAGAAGAAGAUUCUGAUUCCCAGGUGAUCCUCAGGAAGGCGACAAAGCUGCUGAGAUCCAAGUUCGGUUUUUCCAGCAUCACGAUUCAAGUGGAGCGAUGCAGGAUUGCUGCCGACAGCCUUGAAGCUGUGAGAUGAGUCCGGACCAGACUAAUGACUGGAAAAGAAACAAAUGAGGGAGAGAGUUCCUCGAGAAAACGGUUGCUGCAGUGAAACCGCGUCUGACUCGAACGUUUUACGGCAGGACUGUUGUGGGAGCAGAUAAUUAACAGCUUCACACUGCAGGGGAUGUUCAGGAAGUAGUCAGACCCCGUCACUUUUUGCAAGUUUUAUUAAAUUAAAAUAUAAUUAGCAUUCUUAGUUUAAUCUGCUCCUAAUAUCCCAAAAUAACAACAAGAAAGCAUGUUUUUAUUUAUUUUUCGUGUGGAUUUAUUAAAGGUUUUCAGACCUG